GAGACGGGGCCUGACUGGAGCUCGCUGAUCCCUUCCCAUUCUUCCUUACACACAGACACACAACAUGGCGGUCUAGAAUGGUCGGCCGACGCGCCCGGACUGAGCCGACUAACCGAAGGAUUCAACCCCUAGAUAUGCCCGGAAGCUAAUCUCGGAGGACACAUGAGGGCGAAUUAAUCCUUUUUAAUCUGGAGUGCGCUGCGUUUUCUUGGAUUCACCGCGUAAACUUGACAGCGAAGUGUUGUUGGGUGGCGUGUCCCAAAUCGAGCCUCCCUUCUGCUAUCACACCAGGUUUCCCCCCCACCACUCUACCCACCCCGCUCUCACUCUCGGCUCCAGGGGUGUGGAGAGACAGGGGCCGGGGCCGAAAACGUGGACGAGAAAGCGGAUUCACAUUCCCGACUUUCCUUGGCCUUUGCCCCCUCCUGGGUUUCCUCUGGGCGUUACUGGCGUCUCGAGACCUGCUGUGCGAAUGAGUGAUUGAACCCAUCUUCGUGUCUUCAGGGCAGAAUGGGUGUGUGUCCCUUGGUCCUGCUGCUCAGUGUAGCCCUCGGGGCCUCCGCCCAGGAUCAUGUCCCUGUCACAAGUGCUUCAAAUAUCUCUGCAAAAUCAACAGAAGUCCCCACUGCACAUGUCAACAUCACAGUUGGACCCAAGCAAGCCACCACAGGGCCACCGACUACACUUGGAGUCAUCCCAGAACCGACGACAACACCGACAACAGCAACAAUCCCAAUCCCGGCUGUUGCUGAGGAUGUCCAAGUGGAAGGCCCCGAUGCUACUGUGAGGUUGGCACCGAUCCCUCCUCCUCCAUCACAAGCUCCACCUGACGGCGCUCAGCCGACGCAAAUCCCAGAGGCUCCCUCUGCUACCACCACAGUGGGUAGUGAGAAUGGAUCCAUGGUUUUUAUACCAGAUACACCUACUCCCGAAACAUAUAUUGAAGAUGAGGACUUUUCCAUGGAGACAGAGUCCACGACAGAACCGGAUAUGGAUUUCACCUCGGAUGGCACCCCUCAUGAUGACAGUCCUUCCAAUGACAUGCCAAUCAUAGCAGUAAUGGUGGCCCUGUCCUUCCUGUUGGUCAUCAUCUUCAUCAUUAUCAUCCUCUACAUGCUCAGGUUUAAGAAAUACAAGCAGGCUGGAAGCCACUCCAACUCGUUCAGACUGGCUAAUGGUAGAUCAGAUGAUACAGAGCUCCAGAGUGUGCCGCUAUUGGCUCGUUCACCAAGCACAAACAGGAAGUACCCACCCCUUCCUGUGGACAAGCUGGAGGAAGAAAUGAAUCGUCGCAUGGCUGAUGACAACAAGCUGUUCAGGGAGGAGUUUAAUGCUCUGCCAGUCUGCCCUAUCCAGGCAACGUGUGACGCUGCCUCCAAGGAAGAGAAUAAAGAAAAGAACAGAUAUGUUAACAUCCUGCCAUAUGAUCACUCAAGGGUGCAUCUCUCAUCUCUGGAAGGAGUCCCCGACUCUGACUUCAUCAAUGCCUCCUUCAUAAACGGUUACCAGGAGAAAAACAAGUUUAUUGCAGCUCAAGGGCCCAAGGAGGAAACAGUAAAUGACUAUUGGCGAAUGAUCUGGGAACAGAACACAGCCACCAUAGUCAUGGUGACCAAUCUGAAGGAGAGGAAAGAGUGUAAGUGUGCACAGUACUGGCCGGACCAGGGCUGUUGGACAUACGGGAACAUCCGUGUUUCUGUGGAAGACACAAUGGUUCUUGUAGAUUACACCAUCCGCAAAUUUUGCAUCCAGCAGGUUGGGGAUGUGUCUGGAAAAAAGCCUCAAAGACUCGUCACUCAGUUUCACUUCACCAGCUGGCCGGACUUCGGUGUCCCCUUCACCCCCAUCGGCAUGCUGAAGUUUCUCAAGAAAGUGAAAACGUGCAACCCUCAAUAUGCUGGACCCAUUGUGGUCCACUGCAGUGCGGGAGUAGGGAGAACGGGUACGUUCAUCGUGAUAGAUGCCAUGUUAGACAUGAUGAAUGCUGAGAGGAAAGUGGAUGUGUUCGGCUUUGUCACCAGGAUUAGAGCCCAACGCUGUCAGAUGGUCCAAACUGAUAUGCAGUACGUGUUCAUCUUCCAAGCGUUGCUAGAACACUAUCUGUACGGAGACACAGAGCUGGAGGUGACCUCUUUGGAGUCUCACCUGGCCAAACUGUACGCCCCUGCCCCUGGAUCUGGUUGUAGUGGUCUAGAGGCUGAAUUCAAGAAACUCACAUCCAUCAAGAUCCAGAAUGAUAAGAUGAGGACAGGCAAUCUGCCAGCCAACAUGAAGAAGAACCGAGUUCUACAGAUCAUUCCAUACGAGUUCAACAGAGUGAUCAUUCCAGUGAAAAGAGGAGAGGAGAACACCGACUACGUCAACGCAUCUUUCAUCGACGGUUAUCGGCAGAAAGACUCUUAUAUGGCGAGCCAGGGCCCCCUGCAGCACACCAUUGAGGACUUUUGGAGGAUGAUCUGGGAGUGGAGAAGCUGCUCAAUAGUGAUGCUCACUGAGCUGGAGGAGAGAGGGCAGGAAAAAUGUGCUCAGUAUUGGCCCAGUGAUGGAGUGGUUGUCUAUGGGGACAUCUCCAUUGAGCUUAAAAGGGAGGAAGAGAGUGAAAGUUAUACAGUGCGGGACCUCCUAGUCACCAACAACAGGGAGAACAAGGCUCGAGCAGUGCGUCAGUUUCAUUUCCAUGGCUGGCCAGAGGUGGGCAUCCCCACUGAUGGGAAAGGCAUGAUCAAUAUAAUAGCUGCAGUGCAGAAACAACAACAGCAGUCUGGCAACCAUCCAAUCACAGUGCAUUGCAGCGCUGGUGCAGGCAGGACGGGGACAUUCUGUGCGUUGAGUACAGUCCUGGAGAGGGUGAAGGCAGAAGGUAUCCUGGAUGUUUUCCAGACAGUUAAGAGCCUCAGACUGCAGAGACCCCACAUGGUGCAGACACUGGAGCAAUACGAGUUCUGCUACAAAGUGGUUCAGGAGUAUAUUGAUGCCUUUUCCGAUUACGCCAAUUUCAAGUAAACAUCCACCAUGGAUAAUGUCACUCUACAUGUCGUACUAACACCACAUGCAUUCACCGGAACACACACAUGGACACCACCGUGCAGAAAGCCGUGAACGUCCAUUUGCAGGACUUUAUUAUUUUAUUUUUUUCUAAAAGACUUCUUCUGUGGAUCGGACAAACUGGCCACAGGAAAAGGGAACAAGAAUUCAGCACAGAUGGAAGGAGACGACAUAAAGGAGACAUAAAGCCUUCUUGAGUAUUUUGUAACAAAAGUCUUGCUGAUACAGCCCCUGAUGUGCUUACAUAUACAUAAUAAUUACUGUGUUGCAUCUUAUUACUUUAGUUUCAGACACAGUUUUCAGUUUGGCUGCAUUUCUGGGUGGCCCCUGUAAAGUAUUUUAUUGCUAUAUAUAUAUAUUAAAAAAAUCUAUAUGAAUAUAAAACAUACUUUGGAGGCUUAUGUAAAAUAUUGUUUUUUAUUUUUACUUUUUACAGACAGAGAAUUUAACCUUUGCCAGAGCCACAGUGUUAGCAACACGAUUAGUGGCAAAAGGCUUUGAUAAAUGUUAAUUGUUAAUAUACAGUAUUUCAAGCCACUUGUGAACUCCAACCCGCAUCAAACAUGAACAAGGCCGACCGCCUGGUGCAGUUUUCAGAGUAUUUGUUUCACUUUAAAACACAACGUACACCGACGGAGAGGUCACACGUGUAUCUUGACAGAGGUCAAGUCACUUGGUUCUGCGGUCAAUGCCAUUUUUUUUUUUACGCGCUAUAAUGACAAAAAUCUUCAUCCUAAUACAUUUUGGUGAAGAAAACAAGAGCCCUGACCUCAAGCCCAUCAAACAGAUUUAGAAUGAACCAAAAAGAUUGUGUUUAAUGUUGGAGGAACCAUGUUUUAUUCCCUUCUCUGUAAUGAUGGCUGUCCCAGUACUAAAAAAAAACCAGUAUUUUUUCAAAUAUUGCGUUGAGCCUUUCUUGCUUUUCCUUUGAGCCUCUGUUUGAUAUCAGACAUCGCAACGCUGUAUUGUCACUAUCUGUCCACCUUUUUCCCAUCGUCAACACUGAUGUCGAAGAAUGUCGCUUUUUAUUCAAAUGCUGUUUAACAAAAAAUGGGUAUUUGCCUUUUUUUUACUUUGUGUGCCAUGCAGUGUUUACUCAUUUUUCUUUUUUUUUUAUUUUAUUUUCAUUGCUGUAUAUACUCUGAGGAAUACUCACUUGAACUACCGUUUUUUUUUUAAGAUGAGAUCCCAGUCGCUAUUUCCCACUCUACGAUUGUAAUGAAUGAUGCCAGUCCAGUUGGGGCCGGCAGGUCAUCUGUGAUGUUUACUUGGAGCAACAUAGGAAAAUGAAAUGAUUACAUUUACACAGAACUACACACUGCAGGAUCAUUCAUUUUGAAUUCAACACAUUUCAGGCAAAUCGACAGAGAAAAUGUUUGCUUUUUAAUUGAUUUUGAACAUAUUUUGACUUGAAAACAAGAAUGAAGCUCAAGAGUGCCUUGCAGAGUGCACUCCGACAAGGCCCAACAAUCCAAAUCCACUCCUACAUGUGUCUGAUUUAUGUGACGUGAUUUAUUUCAAAUAUGGACAUGUAACUGCGGUAUAUCAUUUAAAAUUUACUUAAUUUUCACACAUUUUGAGCUGCAAAAACUGCGGUCAAAUCUUCCUCCGAGUUGAUCAAGCUGUUUAAUGAUUUAGCGUUAAAAACAGAUUCGUACUUGAACAUAAUGUACUGGUGUGAUACUUGUUUGCAUUGUUAAAAACGUCAUCAGUGUUGAUUUGUUUCUGCAGGAUUUGCACCAAAAAAAGCCCUUGGUAAAUAUAUAGAAAUGUGCAGAACCACAUAGAUGAUUGAUAAAGGAUUUGGAGAAUUUAGUUUAAAGUACCACACCAGAGGAUACUUCACAAGUGCCCACACAAUUUUUUUCCGCCAGUUGGACAUUUUUUUUUUUUAAGUCUUCAGUCGCUCUCAUUCUCAUUGUGUUUGAAUCACUUUUUUCCUCCUACUGCAGUUGAACAGCAAAAUGUGACACCGUGCCAGCUUGCAAGAACCACCAACUGAAAAAAAAGUGCCUCACUGAUCUAUUCGAUGUCCAUUGUAAAACUUGAGCCAUCACGUGGCGGGAUAUUUAAAAACUGAGCUUUGUUUUCCUAGAAUUGAAAUCUUUGUGAUUUCCAUUUUUGAUUUCGGUCUUAAAGCUGGAACCGAGACAGUACAGUAAGAAGUAACACAAUAACUUACAUUGGAAGAUAUUUUUUAUUUUCUCCAACUAGAUGUGUCUCCUACUGCACUCAUCCCUUUUUUUUCUCCUGGACACUUUUCCUUCGACCAUCUUUGUUUUGGUCCUAUACUGCCCUAGUCCUUUUGUACAUAAUGUAAGGUUAUUUAUAUUUCAUUCCUGUCUGCAGCCGAGCUUAUUUUAUUACCCAUUCCCCCCCCCCCCCUCACUUUUUUUCUCGUCGGAGGGAAAAAAAAUGUAUAUUAAAUUGUAAUGGGACCAUUUUGAAAUGUAUUGGAUGUUUUCUUUCAGCUCUUCUUAAUUUGGUAUAAUUGUCUUAAGAUAAUCCUAUUUUUUAAUUUGCCUGUGUUUUGGUUUCUAUUGUUUUGUUAUUCAACAUUUGAAUAUAUGUGUAUAUAAUUAUAUAUAAGAUAAAAUUAUAUAUAAUUAUAUAAUGCCUGAUGGCCUUUCUAAGCUGUUCAAAACUAAUAAA